AUGCAAUUUAAAACAGUCACACAUGUUUUAUUUGACUUGGACGGCCUUCUAAUUGAUUCGGAAAAGCUAUAUUCUGAAGUUUUUGAGAAAGUAUGUGCAAAAUAUGAUAAAACAUUUACAUGGGAAAUAAAAUCAACAUUGUUGGGUUUCCAAGGACACGAGUGUGCUGAAAAAAUCAUUAAUGCGUUAAGUCUUCCUAUAACUAUAGAAGAAUUUAUGAAACAAUCUCAGAAAGUAAAUGAAGAAGUAUUUACUAAUGUUCAGUUGAUGCCAGGAGCAAAAAAGUUAGUUGAACAUCUGCAUAAGAAGGGUGUUCCAAUAGCAUUAGCCACUAGUUCAAGUCAAGAAAGUGUCCACCUAAAAAUGAAAGACCAUAAAGAUUUUUUGAAUAAUUUUCAUCACCUAAUUAUGGGCACUACAGACCCUGAUGUAACUAAGGGAAAACCAGAUCCUGCUAUAUUCUUGGUUUGUGCAUCGCGAUUUCCAGAUAAGCCCAAGCCUGAAAAUUGCUUGGUUUUUGAAGAUGCCGUUAAUGGAGUAAAGGCAGCUUGUGCAGCUAACAUGCAAGUUGUUGCAGUACCUGAUCCUCGUGUUUGUAGAGAUGAACUGAAGAAUGCUACAUUAGUACUUAAUUCUCUGGAAGAGUUUGAACCUGAUCUCUUUGGUUUGCCAAGUUAUGAU